ACUGCUUUUGCUUUGUUGAUUUUGAUGAUUACACACCGGACAUAAUUAUUUUAUUCUGUUAUAUGACUAUGAGUUUUGCAGUCUCCUCAAAAUUGCCGCGGGCUUUCAUUGCGUGCCGGCCGCUCAGCCAUACAUACCUUUAUCUCUCUAAGAGCAACAGAUCAUGGCGUCAAUACUCCACUGCGCUUCCCGAUGAUACACUUCCUCUGAAAGGCAUCAGAGUUCUUGAUAUGACAAGAGUCUUGGCUGGUCCAUACUGUACACAGAUCCUUGGAGAUCUAGGGGCAGAUGUCAUCAAAGUAGAACACCCCACGCGUGGCGAUGACACUCGUGCUUGGGGACCGCCAUACGCUACGUACACUGAUGGGUCAGAAGGGCCCGGUGAGAGCGCUUACUACCUGGGAGUCAACCGUAACAAGAAGUCUAUUGGCUUAUCCUUUGCUCAUAAGUCCGGAGUUGAGAUUCUACAUCGGCUUGCAAAAGAAUGCGACGUGCUGGUGGAGAACUAUCUGCCUGGUAGCCUCAAGAAAUACAGCAUGGAUUAUGAAACUCUCAAAGCCAUUAAUCCCAAGCUCAUCUACGCCAGUAUCACAGGCUAUGGCCAAACGGGGCCAUACAGCAACCGCGCCGGAUACGACGUCAUGGUUGAGGCGGAAAUGGGUCUGAUGCAUAUCACUGGUAGCAGGGAGGGGGAGCCGGUCAAGGUUGGUGUCGCUGUGACGGACCUAACCACUGGUCUUUACACGUCUAAUGCUAUCAUGGCGGCAUUGCUCGCGCGAGCGCGAACGGGGAAGGGGCAGCAUAUUGAUGCAUGCUUGAGCGACUGUCAGGUCGCGACUCUGGCGAACAUCGCUAGCUCGGCUUUGAUCAGUGGGAAAAAGGAUUCAGGACGGUGGGGAACGGCACACCCAUCUAUUGUGCCUUACCGAAGUUACAAAACCCGUGAUGGCGAUAUCCUCUUCGGCGGCGGGAACGACAGACUGUUCGGUGUGUUAUGUGAUCGACUGGGUUAUCCCGAGUGGAAGACCGAUCCUCGGUUUGUCACUAAUAGCGACCGAGUGAAGCAUCGGGAUGAAAUUGAUGGACUGAUCGAGGAAAGGGUAAGGCAAAAGACGACGCAGGAAUGGCUGGAGAUAUUAGAAGGGAGCGGGAUGCCGUAUGCCGCGGUCAACGACAUUCAAGGAACACUAAAUCAUGCACAUGUCCAAGCACGCGGCAUGGUCACCGAGGUCGAUCAUCCGGCCUGCGGUCCGAUCAAGCUGGUGAACACACCGAUCAAAUAUUCCCAUGCAACCCCUGGUGUUCGAACGCCACCCCCGACCCUAGGACAGCACACCGAUGAGAUCCUGGCAGAAGUACUCGAGUAUGGUAAGGAGGAAAUAGCUGUGUUGAAGAAGGAAGGUGUAGUGGCAUAGAAGUCAUUGUUUUAAGAUAUAGUCCCGUUGGGAUGUCGUGGGUUACGCUUGAGUUGAUGUGUGGUCCGUAAGGAGGAUCAUGUCUCUGCCGAAUACAUGGUUAAGUUUUGUGCAGCUGUCGGCUGAGCCGCACUGAGAUAUAGCAUAUCAAAGCUUGGAAACAAUUAAAUCAAAGGAUACCAGAG